GCCUCUCUCUGAUUGACUGACCUGACGCUUGCUAAAACUCAACCCCCUUCAGCAACUCCCCAUAAUACUAUCAUCCCGAAACCCAGGCGAUCUAAACCAUUCUACGGCCAGAUUCCUUUGCACGCUGUGCAUCGUCAUCUCUUCAGGCAGACCCUAGCCUUCCCGACAAAAAACCCUGUUCCGACUCACCAUCACCGGCAUUUGCUUUCUGCAUAUGCUCCACCGCCAAACCCCAGCACCAUCGACCACAGAAAGCUAGCACUCACUCACCAGAGCCAUGAACUUUGUCACUUUCAAUCAGGACUUCUCUUGCUUGGCCGUUGGCACCCGCAAUGGCUAUCGAAUAUAUAACUGCGAUCCGUUUGGCAAGGUUUACGAACAAAAGGAGGGCGGGGAUGUUUCCAUAAUCGAAAUGCUCUUCAGCACCUCACUCGUCGCUCUUAUUUUUUCCCCUCGUCGACUAGUCAUAACAAACACAAAGGUUGGUAGCCAUGGUAACAAAGCUAUUAUUCCCUGAGCAUAAUAUCUCAGCUUUGAAUCUGGUCUCCUCUUGGUUCAAUUUUGGCUAACGUGAAAUGGUACCUGUCGGAAGCGCCAAUCCACGAUAUGCGAGCUCACGUUUCCGACAUCUAUAUUGGCUGUCAAGUUGAACCGAAAGCGUUUGAUAGUAGUGCUGGAGGAGCAAAUAUAUGUAUAUGACAUCAGCAACAUGAAGUUACUGUACACGAUCGAGACUUCACCUAAUCCCACCGGUAAGGCACCAUAUCCACACUGAAUAUCGUAGCCUCUUUACUGAUAUGGGUCUUUCCUCAGCUAUCUGCGCACUUUCGCCUUCCUCGGAAAAGUGUUACAUUGCUUACCCGCGGCCAACCAACUCGAGUACCUCGCCGUUCUCACCUCCCUCCCAUGCUCCCCCGGGUGUAAACACACCUCUCGCAGCAUCGGGUGAUGUACUUCUCUUUGAUGCAAUAAAACUUGAAGCUGUGAAUGUGAUCGAAGCACACAAGGCUCCGCUAGCUAAUGUUGCUCUCAACAGCGAAGGAUCUCUUUUAGCUACUGCCUCGGAUAAAGGCACGAUAAUUAGAGUUUUUUCUAUUCCCGGCGCUCAGAAACUUUACCAGUUUCGCCGAGGAACAUACCCUUCGCGUAUCUUCUCGAUUGCUUUUAACCUCAUGUCUACCCUUCUCUGUGUCUCGUCUGCAACAGAAACCGUCCAUAUAUUCCGCCUCGGUGGACCGAAUCCCCGAGAAUCCUCACCUGGACCUUACCGGGCUACUGAUUCGGAUGCUGAGAGUUCGCCGACGGGAUCUGUUGCGUCAUUUCCAUCCAACCAUGCUGGAGCUGCGGGAGGCGGUUUUGAUCAUUAUGUAGAGUCAAAACGUCGCAGUGGCUCCGGAACAUUCGGCUCUAUAAUUAGGCGCUCCUCGCAGCAGAUUGGGCGAACAAUUGCCGGUGCCGCUGGAGGGUACCUGCCCCAUGCCGUGACCGAGAUGUGGGAACCGGCGAGAGACUUUGCCUUUGUAAAACUUCCGAAUGCUGGGCUGAAGAGUGUAGUGGCACUCAGCAGUACAAGCCCGCAAAUCAUGGUUGUAACUAGUGAUGGUUACUUUUAUGUGCACAAUGUGGACAUGGAGAGAGGAGGAGAAUGUGUGCUCACAAAACAGUACUCGUUAGUUUCCUUUCCCUCACUCAACCUUUUGGACAUCAAUCAAGCUAACCGCCUCUCUUACCUAAAUUAGUUUGCUUGAUUCAAGCGAGAAGAUGGGGCAGAGUUUGAUGUAUGAUUAACGGUCUCGUUCGGCGGUGUUGGGCGAGUGUAUGAAUGAGGGUGCCCAGAAUUCACCAGCUGCUGUUCACCUGCCCCCCAAAGCGACUGUCUGAUGGCCUUUUUGCAAAUACUUACGCUCCGAUAGGCACGGAAAUUUGUAAUCUACUUUUUUCUUACCAUAUCUUUCCCUCCUCCCUCCUCCCAUCCCCUUCUUUUUCUUCAAGUUCAGGCAAACGGCGUUGGUUACUGUACCGUACCCUCUAGCAUCCUUUUACGGUAACGAGUGACAAGUGCUUUUUCUUCAAAUUAUUUUGUUAUCUUGACUCUCUCUCGAAUUCUUAAUCUUGUUUUUCUCUAUUCCUCCUUUUUUUCCUUCCACCCCCCACAAAGACUUUUCUUUCCUUACAUAUUUACCCGCUUCCAUCGAAUUCGCACAGGUUAUAGAAAGCACUUAUUUAUCUGUUUAUCACGCCGGCUAUCAAUUCAAUAACUAGCUGAUACGUUAUCGCCCGCGUCUUCUACAUAAGCCAAGAUGGCCUGUCAUAAGAAACCCACGCUCACUCAUAAGCAAUCAAACAGGGUGUUUACC